CAAUCACAGCCCUUCGUCACCAACCAUUGGGGAGACUAGUUGCUGAAAAGAAUCGAUGUAGGGCAGAUUUGUAGAAUUCAGUGGGUGCUGCCACAGAAUAGGGACUAGUCGGUGUGUUUCAUUCCAUUCGACAACAAACGUUCAAAACUGUUCGACGUUGAUCGGACGUUCUUUAUUGUAUCAUAACCUGAAAGUAACGCCGGUGCUCAUAUUUCAAAAUGGAAUUUGUAACACGUAAAAGAAAUUAUUUUGGUAUGACCCAAUACAGCCCGAAAAAACGCAAGCUGGAACCUGGUAUGAGAGGUUUUUUCUGCACGUGCAAUUUUCACGAAAAAGAUUGUGUGCGAGAGGCGUAUAACGUUCUCACUGAAUUCGCAGAUAAUCUGUAUGGUCCUGAAAAGGCUGAAACUGAACUAUCAGACGAAAAAGCAUCAACAAAUGAUACCUUGCCAGAUAAUUGUCCCGACAAAGAAUGCAAGGAUGAUGAAGAAGAGGAUAUUUCAACGGCUUUGAAAAAAGAGGUUGCAGAACUAAAAGCCAAUUCCGCAAAGCCCCCAUCGAAGCGUCGUUUUCAAGUACUAGACACUGGUGUAAAAAGUGUUGUAUUCAUACAAACGAGUUUGCCCGAACCUCUGGAAGUUGUUUCAACUAUUGUUAAAGAAUUAAAUGAAACAAAAAAACAACGCACCAGGUUUUUGAUGAGACUACUGCCCAUCCAAAUAGUGUGUAAAGCAUACCUGGAUGAUAUCAAAAUGAGAGCUGAUGUACUACUUGGAAAAUAUUUUACAGAAGAACCAAGGACAUUCUCCAUUGUGAUCAAUCGACAUAGUAAUAACAGUAUCAAACGAAAUCAUAUAAUCGAGGAUCUUGCUGAAAUUAUCACAAGGAAAAAUCCUGGAAACAAAGCAGACUUGAAAAAUCCGGAACUUGCUGUUGUUGUGGAAGUGAUACGUUCAGUAUGUCUUCUCUCUGUAAUACCAGAUUACUACAAGUACAAAAAGUAUAAUUUACUCGAAAUUUGUGGAAUCAAGGAAACCGGCAAGAAAGAAUCCGACAGUAUGGAAUCGCAGAAACCGACUGACUCAAAACCAGAAGACAACGUAGAGAAAACGGUUGAUCCGAAAGACGAAUCGACCAUGGAAGUAGAAAAUAUUGAAGCUGCUAGUGACGACAAAUAAGUCAAAGACCCAAGCAGCCGUUUUCAUCUCAACAACUGAAAAAAAAAUGUUUUAUUUUUUUACGAAAAUUAUUCUUAUCUGUUACCUGAAUAUUAUUGUUACUCACCAAGAUUUAAACCAGUUAUGAUCUUAGUUUUAUUUUUUUAAAACGAAAAGAAUAUGUAUGGUAUAUAUAUAUAUAAAUGUUAUUUCUUCAUCAAAACUUGUAGCAAUAGCCGUACUAAAUGCUAUUACAUUUGCAAUAAAAGUUCGAAAAAAUUG